UUUUUUUUUGUGUGUGUGAGUGUUUGAGCCCAGCGGUGUUUUAACUGGUAAAAGAUAUGCAGGCCGUGCAAUAGGGAUCUCAUGACCUGGAAGCGGCUAAUGUGCUUAAAAUUGAAGACAAUGAAGAGAAGCCAAUAAAAUGAAGAAAGGAAGUGUGGUGGAUUAGCUACGCUGAUGAAAAUACCUCUCAAAACUUCUCUCCUCUGACACAGUGAUGACCUGGAAUUGAGUGAAAACCUCCACCCUCUUUUGGCAAAGAGACUGUGAAAUCUCAGUCGUAAUUUAUAUGCUGGGACUUAUUCAGCUUAAAAACGAGUUGACAUUUCCCUACAUGUGUCAAAGUAAAUGAUAAAGCUACAUGCAUUGCUUUCUAUGCACGCAGGUAGUUUGAGCAACUGAUUCACACUGACAGUGCUGGAUGAAGAUGGAUAGAUGGUGCGUCCAGUAACUGGAGAGUGCUGAAUGAGCUGCUGUGUAAGCAGCUUGAUCUCUGGAUGAUUGAAGGCAGAUAGCAUUUUAACUUACCAACAAAGGCACACUAGACAUCCCUAGAUGUCCAGCUGCAGAUAGCAGUAGUUUCAAGUUUUACCGAGCUUGCGAAAGGCCAGGUAGACAGGGUAGGUUAGUUUGUACAAUGAAUCCUAGAGACAGUGUGGAGAUGAUGGAGACCCAGGCAGAAAGUCAGAAGGAAAAGCUGAUUGGAGACAAGGUCAACCCUGAAAACGAGGUUGAGGGUGAAGAUGACAAAAUCCCAGGGGCUUAUGACUGCAACAUCUGUGGACGCAGCUUCCCUUUCCUCAGCUCUUUGUCGCAGCAUAUGAGACGCCACACAGGUGCACGCCCUUACAAAUGCCCCUACUGUGACCACAGGGCUUCUCAGAAGGGCAACCUCAAAGUUCACAUUCGCAGCCACAAACUGGGCACGCUCUCUAGCCACCACUCCAAUGAGGAUGAAGAGGGUGGGGCUGAGGAGGAAGAGAUGAGUGUUUCAGAGGGUCUCGACGGAGGUACGAGUCCAACUAAGAGCAGCUCAGCCUGUAACCGGGUGAUAAAUGGGGAUAGCAGUGAAGAGAGUCGGAGGAAAGUGCCUGGGAGGAGCAUGAAAAGAGAGAAGUCUGUCACUGACCAGAGGCCUUACUGUUGCCGUCUGUGUGGCUAUGAGGCGUUGCGAGAAGACCAGCUCCUCAGCCAUAUUGAAAAGGUCCACAUAACAGCAGACACAGAGGAAGAGACCAAUGUUAAGGAAGAGGCUGUGGCCGAACCUGAUGUCCUCCAACCCCAGAACGAUGGGACCUUCCCCUGUGAGACCUGUGGCCAAGUCUUUACCCAGGCCUGGUUUCUGAAGUCACACAUGAAGAAACAUGCCGGGAUCCUGGACCACUGCUGUCGUAUUUGUGGACGACGGUUCCGCGAAGCUUGGUUUCUCAAAUCGCACAUGAAAACACACAACACCAAAUCCAGGUCAAGGUCAAAAGCAGAUUCGGCUGAGCAACCAGCCACCAUCAACGACGUAGCCCAGGAUCCUGAUAUUGUCACUGGCGCUGUCACAUCCAUCUAUCAAAUGUGUUCCAAAUGUGGGAACCUGUUCCACAGCAGAGAGAGCCUGAGGGUCCAUGAAAAAGUCCAUAGUCUCUGCUAUGGCAGAAAAACCCAGAGCCAGUGCAAACUCAGUGAUGAUGAGGACUCACCAGCUGCUAAGAGACGUUACCUUGAGUACUUAAACCUCCAGCCAGCUGAGGAUAAAACCCUGGAUGAAGAGGAAGAGAGUGAGAAGAAGAUGCUAGGUCAAAGAAUCCUAGAGCUAGAUCCAGUCUGCAGCUACCAAGCCUGGCAAUUAGCUACUAAAGGAAGGGUUGUGGAGCCUGUGGAGCCAAGUUCCAAAGCCUCAUACGGGGGAGGAAGUAUGGGUGAGGAGGCCCUGGCCGGGGCUGCUGUGGUUUUUGAGAAGGAGAGCAGCAGAUAUGUCCUGCAAGGUCAAGAGAAACGCAGCUCGGGGCGACGCAGCAGCACUGGUUUUGGAAGCCAUGCUUCUUCAGGGGACCGGACACCAGAGAGCUUCAGUGACUCAGAAUACCGGCCUUCGUCUCGCCAGGACCGACGACGAUCAUCUCAGUCACAAGCUUCCUCCAAGUCCAACGAGUGUUUUGAGUGUGGGAAGGUGUUUCGCAGUCGUCACCAAAUGAUUGUUCACCAGCGGGUCCACAGAAAGGAUGGAGGAAGGGCAUCUGUGGGGGACAAGGACAGAUCUGCAAGAGAUGACCGAUGGGGCUCCACCAGUGAUCCAGAGUCAGGCUCCCCUAGCCGGCCCAGUACCCCGGGGUAUGGAGACUCUCCACCAGCUUCUACCCUUGGAGACCAGGCCUCAGAGAUGGGUACUGCAAAUUCUGGAGAGAUUACAGAUGAGAAGCCUUACAUCAGCGGCCACUGUGACUUUGUCAGCACAGAGUUGAAGACUUAUUCAAAUCAUGUCCGUGUUGCUCCCGAAGAUAGACCCAGUCCCAUUCCCAGCCCCAGCUCCAGCUCGGACAGAGGUACCCCCAGUGGUUAUCCCAAGCUGAAAAAAGCUCUUCUUCAGGGUUCAAGCAACUCUGCAUCCCCUCCUGCUUACCUUUCAGCUCGUUCCUCCCCACUUGAUCCCAGCAUGACCCCUGUGGAUCUAUGUGUGAGGGCUGAGGGCUGCAGGGGCAUAGCCUCCCUAAACCUGGACAGGAAGAGCCUCCCUAACCACAAGUGCUCCUUCUGCUCUCACUCCACCCGCUACCCCGAAGUGCUCUGGAUGCAUCAGACUGUGGCUCACCGCAUCAACAGCAGUAGCUCAAAUAUUGCUCCUAAAUGGGCCCUGAAAAACAGCUCCAAGGCCUCGAGGGACAGCUUAUUAUCCUCCAGGAGACGCACUGGUCCCCCGCCAGUCCUGGAGGGAAAGGAGUGUCCAUCGCUGCCUCCACUGACGCGUGCUCAACGCACCCGGCCCCCAACCUACUCAAGUGAGGUUCUGAAGAAGAGCAAGCCAGCCAGUCAUGCAGCCAUGCCUUCAUCAUCAUCAUCAUCAUCAUCAUCAUCCUCUUCUACCCCCUCCUCCUCGUUCUCCAGGGGCUCCUCAUCCACCUCAAGCACCCCAGCUGGGAGAGUCCCAGUCCGGCCAAGCAGCAGCACCAGCAGCAGUGUCAGACACAUGGAGGACCAGAGACAUCAGUCUCGCUUCAGACCUAAAGUGGAUAUUUACCCCCGGGGAGGCCCAUUGUCUUCCUCCAGCUCCUUGGAGAAGAGCACUGGUGCCCUCUCACGUUCCUCAGCCCCAAGUCCCAGCUCUGCUACAGCAUCCAGGAUUGCUGACCGCCACUUGAUGCCUCAAGAGGGCCUGGGCUUCAUGCUCUCAAGCAAACAUGGCCUCGCAGAGUACAGCCGAGCUAGGGGUUCCACUCAUCAGCCCCUUCCCAACUCCCACAGCCAGGGCCGGGCAAACGCUACGAGACCUAGCACCAUCAUCCAUAGCUCCACAGCAGGACACAACUACGGAGCAUCCCAGGCACAUGGAGGCACUCUGCUGAAUUCCUCCUCUUCCUCUUCUUUGCCCUCAGAGGCUCAGGGAGAUGUGAAGCAGGAGCCAAUUGCAGAGACACCGGAGAUGCCAACUGACGUCCUCGGCUUCCUCAAAAACUACAGCCCCCAUGAACUGGCUGCCCUGUACCACCGCUGGGGUGCGGCCAAUGCCCUGCUGGAUCCUACUGGGAUGCUGAGGUCUCUCAUGCGGCAGGGACAGUAUUUCUGUCAUGAGUGCGGGAAGAGUUUCAGUCAGCCCAGCCACCUGCGCACUCAUAUGAGAUCCCAUACAGGGGAGAGGCCAUUCUGCUGCCAGCUCUGCCCAUACCGAGCCUCUCAGAAAGGGAACCUAAAGACGCACGUCCAGAGUGUCCACCAUAUGCCUUUUGACAACAGCCAGUACCCAGACACAAGGAGCUUGUUACUGAGCCAGGAGGAGCGAGGAGCGCUGGCUGCCAAACACCCACCAACGCCACAACAACAGUAGACCAUCUGAUAGACCAGGAUUUAGACCAGGCUAGUCAGGGAAUCACACAACCUGAAUAACACCGUCACCUUUCCUAAAAAUCAGAGGACUGGAAGUAGGACUCAUGCUUGACUUUUUGAGCCUCUCCUCUCCACCCAACAUCCUUUAAUGACAUUACAAGAAUUUUGUACAAUGAAGGCUCUUGUAGUUUUUGGAAGGUUUUUUUUUCUAAAUAAAAAGCUAGAUAAAGCUGUGCUAGGUGAUUUUAAAAUCAAAAUGUGGGGUCUGCAGCAGAUAGGAGUGUCUUAUCUACUAAUAGAAAGAAUUUCUGGUGAAAUUCUACAGUUAGAAAUUCAGGUGUCAGGUGUGCACACAGACGGGACAUUUUCUCUACGCAGAAGAAAUGAAGAAUGAAAUAUAAAAUAUCUCCUCAGCAGGAAAGUUGGACUCACCAAUAAUGGAUCUUUACUUCUUUUGGUCUUCUUUAGAAUGGAGGUUGGCAAAAAAAAAUUAUUAGAUUGUGUGUAGUUUACAUCACCUUAAAGGAUUUUUGAAUAUAGAAGCCCUCAAAAAGAGUUGUCUCUGGCUGCCAUAUUCGAGGUACCAACAAGCGAAGUUGCUCAGUACAGCUUUACAAAGAAAGCAAAGCUUUUAUGACAAGAAGCAGCAAAACUGAACUUGAGUGCAACUGCUAGCAUUUUAAUCAAGGACCGUGGCAUUGCAUGGCUGCUGUAGUUGCCCCCCUCCCCUACCCCCUUUUUUUCUCUUAGCUUUAUUGUAUAAGAGUUUGUGCAUUCCUCAGGACACCAAUCAUCAGAGAUGAGAUGUGAGAGAAGAUGCUCUGCAGUU